UCAUAACCGAAAGCAUCAAAUGCAUAAAAUUCUUACAAAGUAUUAGGCCUUUCGAUUGAUUGCUACUAAGGACACCCCUUCUUCUUAGUGUUUUGCGACAGGGCAAACCUAGCUAGAUACGACAGAUUAUUAAUUAGGAUCCUUCAGUGACGACGAAAAACCCUUAGUCCUAAAGAAAUUAAACCACUUUACGAGUGAUGUAAAAGGAAUUAUUACAGUGGUCGCUAGUCAAAGUGUUGAUUUAUUGCAGACGAAAAUCAGACAAAGCUACACGUAGAAUAAGACGACAAUUACUCAGGUAAACGUUUGAAGUGUUAAGUCCGACGCUGCUGGAAUAAUUACCACUGCUGCUAUUGGUCGAGCCAGAUAGGCUAUCAGUACUUCUCAUCUUGCGAUGCCGAAAUGGUGUCAGUAGCAAGGAUUGUUUAAAUGAGAUUGCCGCGCGCCACACGUAGUGCUAUUAUGUAUUGCUUACCACCGUUAAAGUAAAAAGUGUCUUCAAUCGCGUCUUUCUCGUCUGUCUGCUUUUUCGUUUUUGAGAGCGGUACUGUUUAAGGACGGUAACUAUUCAGCGGCGGCCCUCAGCAGGUGGACGAGAUUUUUCGUCGACUGGUAAAAUAUGCCAAUACCAACAUAUGAGGAAAGCUUAUUUGAUCCCUACAGAGGAGUGUAAACCUUUGGAGAAAGACUUCGACGACAUAAAACUUACGACAUUAUCCGAACGAGGAGCUCUUAAGGAGGCUUGGAGGUGCUUGAAAUGUGCUGAUGCCCCAUGCCAGAAGAGCUGCCCUACGCAGCUGGACAUUAAGCACUUUAUAAGUUGCAUCGCUAAUAAAAACUAUUAUGGCGCCGCAAAACAAAUAUUCUCGGAUAAUCCUCUCGGCUUGACCUGCGGAAUGGUCUGUCCAACAUCAGAUCUUUGCGUCGGUGGUUGCAACCUCUAUGCUACAGAAGAAGGACCCAUAAAUAUAGGAGGAUUGCAACAGUUUGCUACCGACGUAUUCCGUCGCAUGAAGGUACCACAAGUGCUUCCGCCCGAUCUACCGACGAAUCUGCCCAACUCAUACAAAUCGAAGAUAGCUCUAAUUGGUUGUGGUCCAGCAUCUAUGUCGUGCGCUACAUUUCUAGCUAGAAUGGGUUACUCUAACUUAACGAUCUUCGAAAAACACUCUUACUUCGGAGGACUCAGCUCUGCAGAAAUUCCACAGUAUCGACUACCAUUUAAAGUUGUGGCGUUCGAGCUGCAGUUAGUAAGAGACCUUGGGGUUAAAGUUGAAUUUAACAAGGAACUUGGCAAAGAUUACAGUAUCCAGUCACUAAAAGACGAAGGCUAUACAGCCGUGUUCGUUGGAAUUGGGCUGCCGGACCCAAAAUAUAUUCCGAUAUUCGAUGGUCUGGACGUUGAAAGUGGCUACUAUUCGUCCAAGGAUUUCCUCUAUCUCGUUGCAGCUGGAAGCAAACCAGGGAUGUGCGCAUGCAAGAGCCAAAAAUUACCGCCAUUGAGCGGAACGGUGGUUGUUUUGGGGGCAGGCGAUACAGCCUUCGACUGCGCUACGUCUGCUCUACGAUGUGGAGCUAAGCGGGUCUUUGUCGUCUUCCGUAAAGGUUUCAAUAAUGUGCGCGCUGUUCCUGAAGAGAUGGAAUUAGCAAAAAUGGAAUCAUGCGAAUUUCUACCAUUCAUGGCGCCGCGGUCGGUGGAACGCCAUCCGAAUGGCCGCUUGAAAUCAAUUCUGUUUUGCCGUACUGAACAACUUGACGACGGUUCGUGGGUCGAAGAUGAAGAGCAGACGGUUCGUCUUAAGUGCAACUACAUUAUAUCGGCUUUUGGAUCUACGCUCAGUGACAAAGACGUGCAAGUUGCACUGGCUCCAUUACGUAUGAAUCGCUGGGGGCUUCCGGACGUAGACCCAAUGAAGAUGACGACUAGCGAACCGUGGGUCUUCGCAGGAGGUGACAUCGCCGGUGUGGCAGGGACCACCGUCGAAGCUGUUAACGAUGGCAAGACCGCAGCGUGGACGUUACAUCAAUACGUUCAAAACUUGCACGGGUUAACAGUGCCUGACGUGCCUUGCUUGCCGAAGUUCUAUACGCCUAUCGACUCAGUUGAUGUGAGCGUAACAAUAUGUGGCAUCAAGUUCAAGAAUCCAUUCGGUCUCGCUUCCGCACCGCCUACGACGACUUCAGCGAUGAUUCGGCGAGCCUUUGAAAACGGCUGGGGAUUUGCACUCACGAAGACGUUUAGUCUCGAUAAGGAUGUCAGCACCAACGUAUCUCCACGAAUAGUUCGCGGUAUAACGUCAGGCCACCAAUACGGACCCAAUCAGGGAUCGUUUCUGAACAUAGAGCUAAUCUCUGAAAAGACGGCAGCCUACUGGUGCGGCAGCGUCAAAGAGCUAAAAAAGGACUAUCCCGAUCAUGUGAUUAUUGCUUCUAUUAUGUGUUCGUACAGCGAACAUGAUUGGGUUGAGUUGGCGAAAAUGGCGGAGGCAUCGGGAGCGGAUGCUCUUGAGUUAAAUCUUUCAUGCCCGCAUGGUAUGGGUGAACGUGGUAUGGGUUUGGCUUGCGGACAGAACCCGGAAUUGGUACGUAGCAUUUGCAAAUGGGUCCGAGCGGCAGUAAAGGUGCCUUUUUUCGCUAAGCUCACGCCUAACGUUACCAACAUUGUCGAUAUUGCCAAGGCAGCAUACGAAGGAAAGGCGGACGGAGUCACAGCAGUAAACACAGUUUCGGGACUCAUGAAUUUAAAUGGGCAAGGUGAUGCUUGGCCUGCUGUAGGAGUUGAAAAAAGGACAACGUACGGCGGUAUGUGCGGUAAUGCAGUUCGACCGAUUGCCUUACGUGCUGUCUCAGCCAUUGCAAAGGCUCUUCCCGGUUUUCCCAUUCUCGCCACUGGAGGUAUCGAUUCCGCCGACGCCGCACUUCAGUUUCUUCGUGUUGGUGCCAGCGCUCUACAGAUCUGUACUUCUGUCCAAAAUCAGGAGUUCACCGUUAUUGAUGAUUACGUCACAGGUCUUAAAGCCAACUUAUACCUUAAAGCACUACAACACUGUAAGGAAUGGGAUAAUCAAAGCCCUGUUAUUGAGCCUCAUCAAAAGGGCAAGCCUGUACUUGUCCUUGAUGUCACGCUGCCCAAUUUCGGCAAGUUUAAGAAAUCUAAGGAGGAGCUAAUUGCUAAAAGGAAGAUGAAGCUUGAUCUCCUGGAUGAUAUUCCAGAGCCCCUAGAGCGGCCUGCGCCAUCGGAACAGGUACCUCAAGUUGCAGACGUAGUUGGAAAGAGUUUAGCCAAAAUUGGAGCGUUCGGACAGCUCGACCUCAAGCAGCAGGUGGUGGCGGUUGUAAAUGAUGACAUGUGCAUUAAUUGCGGGAAAUGCUAUAUGGCCUGUAACGAUUCCGGUUAUCAGGCUAUCAGAUUCGACGCAGAAACCCAUUUACCAUCUAUAACAGAUGCGUGUACCGGUUGUACCCUCUGUUAUUCCGUAUGCCCCAUUCCGGAGUGCAUUCAAAUGGUGCCUCGUACUACACCUCACACUCCGAACCGUGGCAUACCGUUUGCCGAGACUGCCGAUUUCAUCAAGGAAAACUUUCCUUCAUUGAGCAAAUGACCACUCAAUAUGUUUCCCAGCUGCCAUCCUACAGCCAUACAAAACCAUCAGAUCAUAUCACGUCUCCCGUGGAUCGGAAGAAGGGCAGAUAGAUUAAAUGGAAUCAGGCAUAUUGCAACGAAUAGUGAAUGAAUAGUGCCCCUGAAUAUACAUGAGAAAUAUAAUAUUGAUAGAUAAUUAUAUAAAAUGGUUGUCUAACGAGGACAUUUUAUCUUUUGAUCUAAAUGCACUACUCGAGCAAAAAAAUAUUGUGUGCUACGUCUCUAUAGUAAUUAUAAUGAUGGCCUCAUUGAAACGCUAGGUGAUUCAUGCCAACAAUGACCGAUUUUUAUAAGAAAAAUUAUUGGGUCCGAAUCAAUAAAUAAGCUUUCG